AUGUUGAGCCGCGUUGUGUCCUCGCUUGUCACCCGUCGUACAUCUUCCUUGACACUUCGCGUGCUGCAAGCACGAGAGAAAUCUUCUCUUGCUAGUCUUCUUCAACGCGAGAUUCGUGAAGAAAAGGGUAAUUCUCUUGAAGAACCAGAGCUUGAAGAUCUUCGCUCUAAGGUAGAAAAAUUGUUUAAGAUACAAGAAACUCCUGGAUGUAUGGACGUCGUGCUGCAAGGUUCAGUAGGCUCGGACUCGAUUAAGAUCAAGUUUAAUGCUCAAGACACAGUGGAACUCGACGAAGAGGAGGACUACGAUGAUGAAGAUGAAGAUCAUGGUAACGUGGAGGUUGUAGACGAUGGGGAUGACGAAGAAGAAGCAGACGAGCUACCUGGUGUUCGAUUCACAGCCGACAUCAUGCGCGACAACAAGGGUCUACAGUUCGAUUGUGUUGCCAGUAGCAAUCUUACGGUUGAACGCUUGCGUUACUUUAAGGACUUUGCGAAAGAAGAUGAAGAUGAGACGCGCUACUUUGGGCCCGAGUUCAUUGAUCUAGAACUUGAUGUGCAGGACAACUUCUACAGCUAUCUAGCCGACCGUAACAUUGACGACGCGCUGGCGCAGUUCAUCACGCAAUUUGCUGACCUUAAGGAACAGCGCGAAUAUCUAGCUUUCCUCGAAGAUGCUGAAACCUUUGUCAAGGACUAA